UGCCCGCUGACGCUGACCCCGGCCGAGAUGCUGGCCGGGGCGCGCUACCUGACCUUCACCGCCUGCGGUUCGACCAUCGUGCACCGCGACGAGCUGCCGGACGGCUUCUUCGUGUCGACGCUGGUGCACGAGAACGACGAAGCCUGCUACCCGGACGGCGAUCGCAACGCGACCGGCGACCGGCGCAAGCUCGUCCGCUUGUUGGUGACGGAGCACCACGCCGACUUCUCGUACGCCGCGGCACCGGUGCUGCUGGCCGUCGCGUUCGUGCUGAUCGGCGGCAUGAGCUUCUUGCUGCGAUCGCGCUACGCGGACUGGAUUGUGCUCUCGCAGCUCGAGGCAGUGAAGGGGGCCGAGGCCAGCGACGCGGCGGAAGGCGUCGCCGGUGAGUGGAUGGUCCACGAGGAAGACCGCCCGGCGGCGACGCGCGGCAGUCUGCUCAGUCCCGCCAGCGUGCUCUUCACGUGCGCCCUGCUCAUCGUGGCGUUCGGCGUCAACAGCGUGUACAUGGACCUAGCGUCAGAGCGUCGCUCCGGCAACAUGGACGCCUGCUACCGCAACGACCUGUGCAGCCACGACGUCGGAGACCUGCCCGACCUCAACCACGUGAUCUCCAACGUGCCGUACGUGGGCGCCGGCGUGGGCUUCCUGCUGGCGGUGGGCGCGCAACGCCAUGUGUACGCGGCGGCCAGCUCCGGCGCCGCCUCGCCGCGCGGCGUGCCGCACGACUUCGAUCUGUUCGCGUCGCUGGGCGCGGCGCUGAUGCUGGAGGGUUUCACCAGCGGUCUGUACCACGUGUGCCCCAACAGCCGCAACUCGGACAUCGACUUCUUCUUCAUCUACUACUUGUACUGCGCGCUGGGCGCCAAGGUGUUCCAGACGCGGCGCGGGGUGACCAAUCGCUUCCACUACACGCCGGCUCUGCUGGUGGCCGCCAUCACGCUGCUCGGCUCCCUCCAGUACCUGGCCGGCCGCUCCUACGCCUGGUGGGUGGUCGUCGUGCUGGUGCACAUGACCGGCAGCACACUCUGGGCCGUCCAGAUGUACCUGCGCGGCGACGUCGGCUGCUUCCUGCCGGUGUGCAGGCGCACCACCGCCGACCAACGCACGCGCCGCAUCGCAAUCGUGAACCUGCUGAUGAACCUGACGCUGGCCAUCGUAGGACUGGUGGCGCCCAGCGCUUUCAGCGACUUUAGUAUGUACGCGCUGCUCUUCUUCACGCUCAACUCGGGCCUCUACAUCGCCUACUACUUCGGGAUGAAGAAGCUGCGCUACCGUGAGAGCCCCUCUCGCCUUUCCGUGGCCUUCUUGCUGAUGGGUCUGGCCGCCGUCGUGCCGGCGCUAGUCGUCUUCGUCUUUUACAACCCGUACAACACCGAGGAGUCGGCCGCGCUGUCGCGCACCGCCAACGCGCACUGCGUGCACUUCGGCUUCUUUGACGCGCACGACGUGUGGCACUUCCUGUCGGCGACGGCGCUGUUCUUCCUGCUGAUGGGCAUCCUGACCCUGGACGACGACCUGCUCGCCACGCCUCGCAACAAGAUCCCCGUGUUCUGACGGGCACGCGCAGAGCCUUCCCGGCUGCUGCCCCCGCGUCCGGUGGGUGCGAGGUCACACCAUGCGAUGGCGUCCAGAGGCUCUGAGGGACUCCGACCCACCUGAUGUGCGUAGAUCUGCAGAGCCGGGGAUGUCAGAGCAAUACUCAGUCGCUCGCAACCUUUUGCGGUGGCGUCUAGGAGCCUUGGGGGAUUCCAACCCAUCUGAUGUGCGUAGAUCUGCAGAGUUCGGGAUCUCAGAGCAAUAUUUAAUCGCUCGCGACCUCCGCCAGAGCUGGCGCGGGGCGGGCGUUUGUAUUAAUUAACUUCAAUCUUGUGUUGUUUCAGUGAUAACAAGGUGUGAUGAUUAAAUCAUCCUUGCCAGGCCCUGUGUGCCCCUGUGUGGUAGCAUGAUGUAGGGACAGUGGUAGCAGUUUAGGAACAGGGGUAUGGCCUCUCCCCCCCCCCGCCAUCCCUACAGCUAUAUUUUGCGAAAAAAUCGAGCAGCCAAACGGUGUUAAGUGGCGGGACACGAUUCAAAAUACCCCCCCCCCCCCUCACACACACACACACUUUGGAAGCCCUUUCGCCCCUGUGUUUUCCACUCAGAGUCAGUUUAUCGUGCGAUGUUUUAUAAGAAUAAGAUAAGAGUAACGAGCUUUUUGCGAGAUGCUUGCUUGCGUGACCCAAAGACCCUUUGCGGGCGUAGUCACGGCCACGUACUGAGUCAAAACUGGAUUCCCUACCAGGUGAUACUGUCGUAGUCUUUAAAAAGACACGGGUUGUGAUGAGUCUCGUGGUUAUCUCCGCUUUCUGAAGUCUGCAUUGGUAAAGCUGCAGUGAUUCAACCGCGUUCGAACCUGAAACGCGUUUCGGGAGAAUUGCAGACUUCUAAGCAAUACUCGCGCAUCGGUUUGAACGCUAUGAAUGAUUGCAAUACGAGGCCUCUACUUGCCAAUAAGCAAGUGAAGUGAACUUAUCCAACUUUGUGUGUGAUGCUCGCUGUUUUUGCAUGCAUUGCUUCUGUGUGCCCCGACAUAGUCGGUUGUCACUUGCAUGAAAACCAUUUCCAUGGCUCGCUCCGGCCACUAACUGCGAAGCACCUUUUGAUGGACAUUUUCUAGCUUUUUACGUAGUGAGCACCGCUGUGACUGUGUGCUGAUAAUAAAUGCGUCAGUCACGGCAUCUUGUGGUGUCUUUUGAUGGGCAUUUGCAAGCUUUGUGCUUACUGAACACUGCCUUUGGCUGUGUGUUGAUAAUACACGUGUCACUCAAGGCAUCUCUUGGUCUAGGGUGGCGCGCCGCGUGCAGCGCUUUACAAGAGACCUCGCGAGUUCCUGACGGCAGAA